AUGGGCCUCUGUUGUCUCAACAGGGGCUCGGCCAGUACCUGCAUCCGAUGGCAGAGGGAGUCAGUAAUUGAUGUCAUCUUUGCGAGCCCUCCUGCUGCCGGACUGGUAAUGGGAUGGAGGGUGACUCAGGAACUGGAGACGGGCUCCGAUCACUUAUAUAUAGUGGUCGGGAUCCGGGCCGCUCCGCCCGAGGUGCUGGCCAGACAAAAAAGGCACCAACGCACUCUGCGACGGUGGGCCCUCACAAAAAUUGAGGAGGAUGCCCUGAGGGCUGCCGUCCUGGCGGGUACCUGGCCCGGUCAAACACGGGUCGGGAUAGAUGAUGAGGCGGACUGGAUCGGGGAUAUCAUGGAAAGAGCAUGCGAUGCGUCCAUGCCCCGGUCUAGGCCGCACCCCCGGCGGGUCGCAUACUGGUGGACCGACGAGAUCGCUGACCUGCGGCGACUCGCGGUCCGCCGGAGAAGGAAGUUCACUCGGGCCCGCAACAGGGGGAAUCCCGUCAGGACUGGAGAAGCGUACGAGGCAUUUCGUGUGGCCCGGGCCUCCCUAAAGGCGGCCAUUAGGGCUGCGAAGGCUGGGGCCUGGGAGGAGCUAGUCUCCUCCCUGGACCGGGACCCAUGA